UCGUCGUGUCGAUCUGAUUUUGAUGUAUAAAUUGUUGCUCUUGUGUUUCUUGUUGUAUGUCACUGUAUAAUGCUGUACUGAUGUUAGAAUUGCUACAAUUACCUCAUUUAUGAAACUGAAUUUUAGCGGAAAGACGUUCUGAAUCUGACAGUGACACCACUUUUUAUUGCAACUAUUGGAGACCCUGUAAAGUCAAAAUCACCUCACCGGAAUCAGCAGGGGCAUGAGCGAGGGCAGCAGGGGGAAACCAAUUAAUCAAUUUAAAAGCGCUAAGGAGCUACAACUAUUGCAACUAAACAGAACACUCAACCCCUCAAAAGGUUGUUUAAACAUACAAUAAGAAGCUAUGCAGCAGCAGCAACAGCAGCAGGGUGCUAGCAACCAGGCAGAUGACGCCCAGGAGGACUUUGGACCUCUUCUGAUUGGUCGCUUGGAGACCCACGGUAUUAGUGCCAACGAUGUGAAGAAACUGCAAGAGGCUGGGAUGCACACUGUAGAGUCAGUCGCCUACUCCACAAAGAAGGAAUUAUGUAACAUUAAAGGCAUCAGUGAAGCAAAAGCAGACAAAAUACUGAAUGAGGCUAUGAAGUUAGUACCGAUGGGUUUUACAACAGCUACCCAGUUUCACCAACAAAGAGCAGAAAUUAUUCAGAUUACAACUGGGUCCAAAGAGCUGGAUAAACUACUGCAAGGUGGGAUCGAGACGGGAUCUAUCACAGAGAUGUUUGGUGAAUUCCGCACAGGCAAGACUCAGUUAUGCCAUACACUAGCUGUCACAUGCCAAUUGCCGAUUGAUAACGGUGGUGGUGAGGGAAAGUGUUUGUAUAUCGACACCGAGGGUACAUUCAGACCUGAAAGGCUCAUAGCUGUUGCAGAAAGAUAUAACUUAAGCGGAAGUGAUGUGUUGGACAAUGUGGCAUAUGCCAGAGCUUACAACAGUGACCAUCAGGGGCAGCUCCUACUACAAGCCUCUGCAAUGAUGUCACAGUCUAGAUAUUCUCUACUCAUAGUGGACAGCGCCACCGCCCUUUACCGUACAGACUACAGCGGUCGUGGGGAGUUAGCGAGUAGACAGAUGCACCUUGCCAAGUUCCUGAGGUGUCUACUAAGAAUAGCAGAUGAGUAUGGUGUAGCAGUUGUAAUCACCAAUCAGGUUGUAGCUCAGGUGGAUGGUUCAGCAAUGUUCUCUGCAGAUCCCAAGAAGCCUAUUGGUGGUAACAUCAUGGCCCAUGCCUCCACUACCAGACUGUAUCUUCGUAAGGGUCGUGGAGAAACAAGAAUCUGCAAGAUCUACGACUCGCCAUGUCUUCCUGAAUCUGAGGCUAUGUUUGCCAUCAACCCUGAUGGUGUUGGAGAUGCCAAGGAUUAAGGUCUCAUGGUUGCAAGUGUAAUGGGAUUCUUCCAAACACUGUGCCGGCUUUACAGUGUGCCUCAAACAAUUAUUAGAAACAUUUUUGUAUUGACUCAAUUCAGUUGACGCAAUUCUCACAAUAAUCUUGUUGGUGCCAUUUUGGAAGUCGAUGUUCCUAUGUGUUAUACAGUGUAGUGUGCAUUUUAGGCCAUGCGGCGUUUACACGCUUAACAAAUAAUUAUUUACAUUAAUUUGACUCUCAGAAUUGUGAGCGUGGCAGACCGGAGCCACUUCUGACAAUGGAUCUUAUACAUUGAUGUCAUCAAAGUAAACUGGUAACGAUACAAUGGAAAUGUGCAGGAAUGCCAAUUACCAACCUCACUUUGACCUCUAGGCGAGGCUGCCCUUCUAAAAUCGCAUCAUAUUAAUAAGGUCUAUGUUGAAGAGUCAAUUAGCUUCUUUUGAUUUUUAUGUUUUACUCACAAAAAUGUGAUGCCCUGGAUUUGCUUUUCACACACUUGGCAAAGUCACAAAGUUAAUACAUUUGCCAACUUGUGUCUUUUGUUAUAAGGUGAAUGAAGAAGAUUAAAGAACUUUCCUCAACUCUUAUAAUUUUGAUGUAUAAAGUGUACAGAUUACUAAUGUAAAAGUAAUUUAUCUCUUUAAUGUAGAUAAUUAAUGUAGUUAAUGUAGUAGUAGUGGUAGUUGGAGAGAUAGAGCAGUUAGAACUUGUCCAGAGAAAUGCCUUUUAUAAACAAGAAUGUCACACACACAAAAUGUGAACAGCAAAUACUGUGUUUUAUGUAUUGUUAGUUCUAGUAAUUUGAAUGAUAUUUAAACCUCUGCAGAAUAUAGUGGCUGUAUGUAGUGUUUGAUUUUGGGCUUUGAGGCAUUGCCAACUUGAAGUAUCAGAGUUGUGGGACUUAAGAGAACACAAUUUGUUUGGUGAAAUUCAUUCUUAAUUGAAAGUCAAUACAUACACUUUGAUGUACAAGGACACUUUAUUUCACCUUAAUUGCAAGCAAAAGUAAUUGUACAACAUGUGAACCAGAGGCUUCAAACCUUUAACAGUGCUAUAUAUAUCUGGUUGUGUUUUCCAUUUCAACAAAUCAGGGAGUCAAAUUCUGACCUUUAGCCUGUUCGAGAUCAAGCUGAAAAAAAAAAAA